AUGGCAUGGUCAUUCCUGUAGGUUAUUUCCCUUGCUAGAAUCUCUUUCUGCUUGGGGACCGUUCGGGUUUCGACAGUUCGGGACGACGACAACUCGGGCAAACGACACGUCGUGUCAGCGACGUUUCGGGUCAACGAUACAUUUGCUUAGGACACCAGAAAGAGACCGGUGAAGGCUCUGCGGAAACCUGGUAACUCGGCGAAGACUCGGCGGUCGGUGCUUUUAAGUGAAGGACGUUUUUCUAAUAGGUGUAAAAGUCUCCGGUUGACGUUCGUCCAUAACACCGAAUUUUAAUAAUCUCUAAGCUGUUUUAACAUGAAAGCGAAUGUGUUUUUCGUACAAUACCAUCCACAACAUCAAAAAUAAUGCCGAGUUCGCACCACAGAUCGCUGACCCGAGCUGUCCCUGACCGGCACCGUCGUAGUGAUUAAAUUACACUUUGAUGUACUAUUAUAAUAACAGCAUUAUCUUUUAUCCAAACAAGUAAGUCUCAGCCCUAGCCUUGCCAAUUAUUGGAGAUAAAGCAACUAUAAUACUUGGGAAGGAGUGCAAUUGUCGGUCGGUCUUCCUUCUGAUUCAUUUCCAUAUAUUCUACAUAUCUUGGGUAGUCGCUCGCCGUCUAAUCUGCAUUCGCGACAUUGUAGAGGCGCCUUCUGGCGUCUGAACUAGGAUCCAAUUAGUUUUCUAUUAUCUGAAAAGCACGUCAUCGUCAUCGACCGCACUGCCUGGGGGUUCUAUUCUGAUAUCCGAAUGACAUUUGCCUUCCUUUUGCAGUAUGGCAUGGCAGUUCGCACUUAUAAUCAGCCAGUCGAUCAAUGCGGGAGUGCAAGCGGAGAAAAUCCCCAUCCAAAACGCCGAAAACCAAGACCUGUUGUUGCUGUUGGCACGGACUGUUCAGCUAGGACCCGGCCCUGGCCAGGAACAACGGUACACCACUUCGUCGCGACAGGAACAACCCGCCCGGCGUGUCUCCGACCUCCUCUCGUCCACAAAUCCUCAACUCUGUCUCGGCCUGGAGGACGUUUUCAUCGCCUUAUUUUUGGUACGUUCAACCGCACUUACUGCUUGAAGUAUAUACGAAAUUAUUAAUAGCGUUUUACUUCCAACACUUUCUUGGCUGUUUUGACAUUGCAUUGUUAUCAAAUAUUAUGUUUUGUAUUGGGACUAGCGUCACCGGGAAUUAUGAUGACGUUAAUGUUUGGCCGGACCUUUAUUUCAUGUUAUGGCGUUUAUCCUUUUAACGUUCCAUCCCAAAACUUUUCGGGGAUGCCAUUUGUACAUUAAAAAUUGUAGAAGCAAGGAUUCUUUCUAUCAGUAACAACGCAAAGCAAAGAAGGAUAACAAUAAAAGCAUGAUUUCAGAUAAUUCUAAUUUUGAUGACUAUCUUUGGUAACAUCCUCGUUGUUCUUUCGGUGUUUCUCUACAAAAGAAUGCGAACUUUUACAAAUAUUUUACUGACUUCUUUGGCCACUGCAGGUAAGAAAAUAAAAAAAAAUAUAAAGGUUAAAUCCUCCAGAUCUACUGGUCGGCUUGGUAGUGAUGCCUCUAGCCCUAGUUGAUCUUCUCUACGAUCAUCAUUGGCAAUUUGGAAGAUUUCUAUGUUCGGUUUGGGCGACAACAGACGUAUUGUUAUGCACGGCAUCUAUCUUGAACCUCUGUGUGAUUUCAUUAGACAGGUACAUGGCUAUCACAUCACCAUUAAAGUACCCGCGAACACGGUAAGUGAAUUUUUAGAGGAGAAAAUGUUUGUAACGACCUUUAAUCUUUCACACAUAAGCUUUAUUAAUACUGUGGUUAAUUAAAACUCAUUCAGAAGUCGCCUGAUGGCGAUCGUCCUUCUGAGUUCUGUAUGGUUCAUCUCCGUGGUUGUUUGCUCUCCCCCUUGGAUUAUUCCCAGUUGGGGAAUCUUCAAUCAGCGGACCAUAACUGACACCAAUGCCUUUGUCUGCGGGUAUCCAGUCUCCAUUCCCUAUCGAAUUUACAGUGCUUUGUGUAGUUUCUAUAUUCCAUUAUUGGUAAGUCCACCUCCAGACAUGUAACGCACUCAAUUAUUCUUCAGAUCAUGCUCUCCGUGUAUUUUAAAAUAUUCCGAGUUGCGUCGGAACGAGAAAAACUUAUGCGGCAGAACCUGGGGACCUGUCGAUUAAGUCGCCGUGUCGAUAAGCACAGGAGAAGACAACAACUACUACAAGCGAACAACCAUAACAGGUAUUAUUUACUGCAUAAACGUUAUGAACAUCGACUCACCCACAUAUAGAUUCAGAUGUGCCAGUGCCCCCACAAACCGAGCGAGAGAUCAGUGGUCGGAAAGUGGAACAAACUCUCCCAGACUCAAUCAUUCCCUCCAUCUCGAAAAAAAGUAAAUUCUUCAUGUUCUCCUUCCACGUCCUCUCUUCUCACAGUAGGAUGUACCCUAAGGCUAUAAUUAGGCAGUUGAUAUAUUAAUGUCAUGAAUUCUGCAUCUGCUUGAUGGCUGUAUCCUCCCCCACUCAAACAGUUCUGUCGCUUGAAUUGCCCGUUUUCUUUUUUAUUCUGCUGAUUACAUAUUCAGCGACGUUCUUAGUAUAUUAAGUAUAUUACUCAUUCAAUGAAAGAAUACGUUUUAGCGAUAUCGAGAAAAAACGCCCGACCAAUCUGCCAACAGUCAUAGACCUGAGUGAGGACACGGACUCCCAGUCGCCAACGUGUCAAAGGACACUGGAAACUCCAAAUAACAACAAUGACAAUCGGGAAAGCAAAUCUCUACUAAAUCUUAACGAAACCGCAAUGGUAAUUAUUUCUCAAUUGUAAAUGAACUAAAACAUUUUUAGACACCACCCAAGCGGAAAACAACAGAAGUUGCAUUAGUGGAAAACAACAGCCAUCAAACGACACUGAAUAAUAACAAUAACAACACUGCUAAUAAUAGUUCCAAUGAUCUCCAACCAACGAAUCUUGUCGCAAAAGCUCAAAAACACUAUAAUACCCAUGGUCCGGGUAAGGCAAUCCGAGGAUCAAAGGAGAAGAUAGUGUACAUGAGGGAGAGAAAAGCUCUCAAAACCAUCGGCAUCGUUGUUUUAGGUAAGCGUUUCUGGUGUUCUUAAUUCUUCGUUAAUAAAAUCAGAUCUGUAAACACUGCCUUCAGGUUUCAUAAUUUGUUGGAUGCCGUUCUUUGUGAUCUAUUUGGCUGAAGUCUUCAUCCAGCAUGUACAUACAACAUAUUCAUUCAAAAUUCUCAGCGAAUUUUUUCUUUGGCUUGGUUAUUCAAACUCUGUAAGUUUUUUAAACUUUAAAAUAGCUUUUUUAAUGUUUCUCUCAUAAUUUCCAGCCCUUAGCGCAUUGUUUCGUAUUUUUAAGGUACUCAACCCAAUCAUCUACACCAUGUACAACGGAGACUUCCGUCGAUGUUUUCGUGACCUCCUCGGUUUUGGGUGUGUUCAAACUCAUCGACGGACAAUGAGUGUCAAAAAACUACAUCAACAGAGUACUGUGUUCUAA